GAUUAGCAUGACGCAUCAUCGUUUAACGGAGAAAAAGUUUACGUUACUGUUCUUUCUUUUUUCAAUCCGGAAAACAAUUAGAAUCCAAAACCCUAAUUUUUUUUGUCAAGUGAUUAAACAUUCACCUUAUUUAGUUAUUUUCCUUUUCCAAUCUGUACAUUCUCUUAAUCAUUCAGAGUAGAAAAUGGGGGAUCCUUAUUGGAGAUUUGUUGACGGUAAGCAGCAGCCUCCCGCGGUUCUUCCUCACAUGGCGAAACGACCCCGUUCGAACUUCGAAACUCCAAGUGGCCAUGAUUUGCCUGGCUACUAUGCUCGUGAGAAUGAGAUGGCAGGACACCAGAUCACUAGAGAUACCGACUCCGUUAAUGCCUCAUAUGAACGCUACUUGCGAAGCGCGCAAAUUUCAUCAUAUGGUGGUGAUCCAAGGGGAGUUGCAGUGGGGGGGUCAGAUCAAGUAGGGGCUGAAAUAAGCCGAUCCGUGGUAAUGGGGGCUCGACCUGAACUUCAACUCCCUCAUGAUGCUACCAGCACGUUGUUUGUGGAGGGCUUGCCUGCAGAUUGCACCCGGAGAGAGGUGUCUCAUAUAUUUCGCCCUUUUCUUGGAUAUAAGGAAGUAAGGCUUGUAGACAAGCCGCAGUCUAGACAUGUGCUUUGCUUCGUUGAUUUUCUGAGUCCGGCUCAUGCUGCAACGGCAAUGGAUGCACUACAAGGUUACAAAUUCGAUGAGCACGACCGCGAAUCAUCCAACAUAAAUCUCCAAUUUGCUCGCAAUCCCGGUGCAAGGUCAGGGGGCGGGCGACGUGGGAGAAACUGACAAAUGGCCAAUCGAUUUCUCUGAAUGUGUAACAACGCUUCUGCGUAGGACCCACUCGAUAAGGAGAUUUACGAUUCGUCAGAUAUACUAUUUGCGUAUUCGGCUGCGUAGCCCUACCUUUCUCUUCUUUAUCUGCGGCCCAUUUUAGUAGAGACUACAAUGAUGUCACAAUAAUUUUAAAAUACAUUUGUAAUAAUAAUGGCUAGUGAUUUGGAGGGUAACUCCUACGACUGCUGGUUUGUUGUCCCGUGCUAUGAGAUUAUCAAAUUCAUUUGCGCCACCGAUCUCUUGGUUUUUUAUAUGAACGUGCUUACAUU